AUGGAAAAAAUGGAAAAAAUAAUAAGCUUUUUGUAAAGCGAAAUAGUUCUAACAACUCAAAAAUCCUUGCUUAGCAACUAGAAUUAAAAUUUGGUUAGCAGCUUAGUAUAGCUUUUGUCUAAAUAUGAGACAAAAUUCAAAUAAAUCAAGAAAUAAAAUAGGAUUCAAUAAAAAUGUUAAAUUAAGUCAAAAAGAAUUAAAAAAUAAGAAUUAAAUAGCUAAAUAUUAUUCAAUAAAAGUUUAAACUAAUCAAAAAAUAAUUCUAAAUUAAACGCUUAGAAUCUAAGAGCUCUAAGCAGAUAGAGCUCUGAAGCAGAUUUUGGCAUUCCUUUUCCUAGCCAAAACAACGAAAAUAAUUAUAAUAUAUUUAAAUAAGAAGAAGAAGAUUUCAAUAAUUUAUCAUAAUAAAAAGAUGAACAAUUAACUGAAUACGGUUAACAUGAUGAAACGAUGGAUAAUGAUGUAAAUAAAGAUAUUACUAUAAAUGACCAUUAAAAAUAUAAAAUAGAAUUUAUUGAAUUAUGA